AUGACUCGUGUUUCUUUCUGGGUUUAUAGCAAGUGCAGGACAAUGGGUAUUUGCAUUUCUACUCAAUCUGAAAUUGCAGGGAAAGGAAAACCCAUCAAGGAAUCGAUGGCCAUGGUAAUCCAUGAGGAUGGGAAACUACAGGAAUUGAAGGAAAGAAGGAAAGUUGGGGAUGUGAUCUUGCAGAAUCCCAAUUGCUUCCUCUGCAACUCCGACUCCAUUUAUCCUGACACCUGUGUUCCUCCGUUGCCGGGCGAAGAGGAGCUGGAAUUUGAUCAAAUUUACUUCCUAUUGCCACUCUCCAAGCAACGCAUACCCAUCUCCCUCACUGAUUUGUGCAAUCUCGCCGUCAAGGCUAGCAACGCUCUCUGUAAACAAGAUUUUCAAAUAAAAAAGGCUCUGAAACCUAAGAGCUCGGCAGGUUACGAGACUCGACAUCGCUGGAAUAGCAUUCAGAUUGAACCUUGUCUUCGUGAUACAGAGAGGCAGUGGGAAAACUCUAUCAAUUGA